AUGGAUAGUUAUCGUCGCUUAAGCGAAAAUCCGUUUGCCGACCCGGGCACUACAGGUGUCGGUGGACAUGCGGAAACAAGUCCAUCGGCGACCUUCAGUACAAUUCAUGAUCAAGGAUUAGAAGGAUACGAUCCUUUUGGUGGCGAAAAGGAGUCCUCGAACACUACUGCACCGCCAUAUCCAUCUGUGCCCGCGUCGAAGCUAGCUACGGAUGAACUUCAACGUCGGCAAGAGGAACUCGAGCGAAGAGCUGCGGAAUUAUCGCGGAGAGAAGAAGAAUAUCGAAGACUGGAGGAGCAAGCAGCUCAAUCGGGUGGAAUGACACCGAUUCGUAAGAACUGGCCUCCGCUGCCGAGUUUCUGCCCUUGCACGCCUUGCUUUUACCAGAAUAUCGACCUAGAAAUCAAGACGGAGUUUCGUCGGCUUGUCACUAUUGGCUACUACAUUUGGAUCUCGUACGCGAUCCUCCUGGCAGUCAACAUUCUGGGUGGUGUGAUCUAUUUUGCCCAGUCGUCUGACCCCGCCGGGGGCACCCUAUUUGGUGUGUCAAUUUUAGUCUUUAUUCUCUGUGUCCCGCUCUCUUACAUCUGCUGGUUUCGUCCCCUCUACAAGGCCUUCAAAUCCAACAGCUCCGUCAACUUCUUUGCUUUCUUCUUCGUAUUUUUCGUUCAAUGUAUAAUUCUUCUCAUACAAUUUUUGGGCAUCGCGAGUUGGGGCACCUGCGGAUUAUUGGUGGGCUUGGGCGUUGUAAAGACGCAUGCCGGUGUCGGGGCCUUCGUCCUCCUCAUCGCCUGUCUUUUUGGCGCUGAACUAGCUGCUUGUUCCUACUACUUCGUGUUGGUGCACCGAACGUACCGAUCGACAGGUGCGAGUUUUGGAAAGGCUCGCGAAGAGCUAACCACCAGUCUGGCGACCAACCCCAUGGUGCGUAACGUCGGAAUGGGCGCUGCUCGUGAGGCCUUCGCAGGACCGCAGCCACGUGGCGAUGACCGUUACUGA